CGUCGAUUAAAUAUCGGCAUUUAAAGGUUGUAAUUGCAUUGAGUUGCACGUUCGUUUACUUAUCAACUUGUGUAGAGAGCAAACGAUGUUAAAAAUUAUAAUUUACGGAUUUCUGCUUUUAAACGUAGUACACAUAGUAUGGGCAGAUACCGCUGGGGAAUGCAAUAUGGCAGGCUUCUACAUAGAGCUGGGCUGCACACCUGUACCGGCUGUAGAUAACGCAACGACCUGCCCCGAGUCUUUCAUUUGUCCAGACUUACAUCCUGACCCAAAAUCUUGCUACUACAGAGGUAAAGCCUACCAAGACCGUACCACGAUACCUCAAAGGCUGAUCAACAAUCCAUGCUCGCAGGCCUGUAGUUGUAAUGUUGGUAACGAGCCGCGGUUCGAUUGCGCGGCCGUUGACUGCGUUGAAGUUUUCGAUACGGAUGUACAACAGCAAUGUAUUAGCACUUAUCAGCUAGACUCGUGUUGCAGUACCGGAAGCGUUUGUGGCAAAGAUUAUAUAGCGAAACUUAAAACCUGUGAGGUUGAUGGCCAAACGUAUCUAGAAGGCCAAGUCUUCGAGCCAAAGAACACAAGGAAAAGUUGUAUUUGCACACCGCAGUGGAACGGCUCCACUGAUAACCCAGACUACUGUAGAGAAAUCAACUGUGGUCUCGAGAUCCACUACCAAGACAGGAUAUUUGACAACUGCGCGCCAGUUUUCGCUGGCAAUAUGAAGGGUUGUCCCAUUGCUUUUCAAUGUCCCUCAUUACAGUCCAAAGUGGUCCGAGGUUUAAAUCUUCGCAGCAUCAGCGAACAGUGUACGUUCGGCAACAUGACGUUAUCCGUCGGUGACGAAGUUACCGUUGACGAGAAGUGCACCACUUGCGCCUGUGACGUACCACCUUUUGUCUCUUGUUCUAGGAAAUCCAGCUGUUAAUGACCAAUUCUUUUAUAUAAAGACUAGCUAUUAUGUAUAGUGGUUGGCAUUUGACUGAGGCUCUGGGAUCAAUCCUCGGCGAAAAAUAAUUGUCGGAUUAAUAUUAGGUUCAGACUGGCAAAGAAAAUUGUUCUUUGCAGAUCUGAAGUCAGUUUUAGUAUCACUUGAUUUCAUGUUGUGUGAUAUCAGCGCUACUACGGACAUUGUCAAAACUAUAUCGGAAUUAAAAACAAAAGGAACAACGAAGCUGGGGGCGGGAAAUUGUGAACUUAUUAAGUUUUUAAUUAAGACGCAUGUAAUAAGGAAUACAAUUUUACCAUCUCUUUGCCUAAUGUAAAAAAACAAUAAAAUACUACCUAGUUCUUAAGGACUUUCGGAGGCGAUUAGAACACCUCUUGCGUGCCCAAUGCACAAACUGAACAAUCAAAAACAUCUCUCUCUUUCAUUUAUUUAUCGUAAUACUCUUAAUAGUUCGUAAUAUAGUUAGUAAUUUAAAUAUACGAUACUAAAAUAAAAAUUAUUUAUAUUUUAAAAUGAUUUAUUAUUCGUUUGAUUAAAAACAUAAAAAUUCUUAAUUUUAACACCUCUCCCUAAUAUAUCACUUUCUUAUUAGAUAAUUUUAUAUUACACUUACAUUUUAUUUUAAGCUUAGAACGAAUUAAAUAAUGACGUAUUUACAUUAUGUAUACAGCCUUAUAUUUGGACCUUUGUAAUUUAAACUAAUGUUGUUACAAUCUUUACAAUAACAAAAGUAUUAAAACUUAAAAUAUCUAUAAUAGGAUACACGUUUACUAAUAAAUGCUCUUGAUAU